AUGUCUUCUCUCUCUCGACGUGCUUGUUACAAGUGUGGCAAUGUUGGCCACUACGCUGAGGUCUGCUCUUCCGCUGAGCGUCUCUGCUACAACUGCAAGCAGCCCGGCCACGAGUCCAACGGAUGCCCUCUUCCCCGAACCACCGAGGCCAAGCAGUGCUAUCACUGCCAGGGUCUCGGCCACGUCCAAGCUGACUGCCCUACCCUCCGCCUGAGCGGCACCGGUACCAGCGGUCGAUGCUACAACUGUGGCCAGCCCGGUCACCUUGCUCGCGCUUGCCCCAACCCUGUCGGUCCUGGCCCCAUGGGCCGUGGUGCUCCUAUGGGCCGUGGUGGCUUCCCCGGUGGCUACGGCCGUGGUGGCUUCGCUGGUGGCCCUCGCCCUGCCACUUGCUACAAGUGCGGUGGUCCCAACCACUUUGCCCGUGAUUGCCAGGCUCAGGCUAUGAAGUGCUACGCCUGCGGCAAGCUCGGCCAUAUCUCCCGAGACUGCACCGCUCCCAACGGUGGCCCUCUCAACACCGCUGGAAAGACCUGCUACCAGUGUGGUGAGGCCGGCCACAUCUCUCGCGACUGCCCCCAGAAGAACGCCCCCGGAGUUGGUGGUGUUCCUGGUGUUGGCAACGUUGGCAACGUUGGCGAGAUCCCUGCUGAGGUCGACAUCGGCAGCGUCCCUGCCCCCCCGGUUGCUUCUAUCGCUCCCGUGGCUUAG